GAGAGAGAGAGAGAGAGAGAGAGAGAGAGAGAGAGAGAGAGAGAGAGAGAGAGAGAGAGAGAGAGAGAGAAUCGGGGAGGAUGAGGCAAAUAAGAGCAUUGAUAAUAGGGGCGGGCAUGGGAGGAUGCGCGUUGUCACUGGCAUUGAGGAAGCUGAACGAGCAAGCACGGAGGACAGGCGUUCUGUUCUCGAGCACCAUCUUCGAGCAGGCGCCUGUCAUCAAGCCAGUGGGCGCCGGGAUCGCGUUAGGACCGAACGGUCUGAGCAUACUCGAGAGUCUGGGUCUGUAUCCGAAGCUACAGGCCUUCGGAGGGGAGGUACAUUCGCUCCAAGUGUAUAAAGACGAUGGGCAGAGGUUGCGCGGAUUCGAUCUGUCGUUCAUCGCACGUAAGCACGGGUACCCGCUGCUGGUUCUGGAGAGGGCGGAGCUACAGGCUUUGAUGAUCGACGAAAUUUUGCACCCAACCCCGCGAGUGGGGGAGAAGCGCGCCGAGCCCGCUAUACGACAAGAAGAGAUCGUGUUGAACAAGAAAUGUGUGGGAGUGGAAGAUCUGGGACCGAAGUGCGGAGUGCGCGCGCAUUUUGCAGAUGGAACGACAGAGGAGGGAGAUGUCCUCCUGGCGGCCGACGGGCUGAAAUCGGUAAUCAGAGAGCAGAUCAUCCUUCAAACAGACCUCAAAUCGACGGCCAACAAGGGCCCGCCCCCCAUCUGCUCCGCCGCCUUUCCCCGGUACUCUGGCAUUUCCUGCGUCUUGGGCGUGACCGAGUCUGUGCCUGAGUCCAUCCAGGGCAAUGUGUACUGGAUCUUCGGACCUGGUCGUGUUUACGGCACCUGGUCGAUGGGCAAGCAGAAGCAGUAUUGGUUCCUUGCAGAGCGGGAGACUUUUCUACCCGCGCCCAAUGCGAAUGUCGGCGGCGCCGCCGGCGGCGGAGGCUAUGCUGGUGGCGGCGGCGGCGGCGCGUUCUAUAGUGGAGGCGGCUCGGGCUUCAGUGGCGGCGGCUAUGGCGGCAGUGACGGCUAUAGUGGUGGCGGCGGGGGCGGGGGGGGCCGCGGGGGUUAUAAUGGCGGCGGUGACGGUGGCUAUGGUAGCCUAGACGGCGCUUCUACUGGCGCCGGGGGGGCCCUUAGUGGCGGCGGCUAUGGUGGCGGCGUAAGGGGUUAUAGUGCUGGUGGUGGGGAGGGGGACUAUAGUGGCUAUGGUGGCGGCGGCUAUGGUAGCAGGGAAGGCGGCUUUGGUGGCGGCGGCUAUGGUGGCGGUGACGGCGGCUAUGGCGGCGGUAGGGUAAGGGGGUAUAGUGGUGGCGGCGGCGGAGGGGGAGGUGGGGUGUACAGCGGCGACGGCGGAGGCGGAGGGGGGGUGUACAUUGGCGACGGCGGAGGAGGAGGGGGGGUGUACAGUGGCGGCGGGGGGGGGUAUGGUGGCGGCGAAUGUGAUGGCUAUGGUGGUGCGGUGAACAACAAUACUAGUGCUGGAGGGCCGUCUUGGAGUCAUGAUGCAGCGCUGAAAGGGAUGGAUAGGAUGUGGAAUUGGUUUCAUCCGUACGAUCAUCAUGCGAUGUUUAAUCGGACGACGAGGAUGGUCAAAAUCGGUAUGUUCGAGGCCCCAUGGAAGGGUCCUUGGGGAAGAGGGAAUGUAGCCUUGGUAGGUGACGCCGCGCAUGCAAUGCUGCCCACUCUCAAUCAAGGAGCCAACAUGGCGAUCGAGGAUGCGUGUGCCGUGGCCAGAGCUCUUGCCCAUCAACCGACUGACGUGUCAGCUGCUCUGGGCAGAUAUCAAGAACUGCGCAAAAAGCGGGUCGGGAGAUUAAUGUGUCUGGCAAGAAUGCUCGGCGCGCUGCAGACGACGAACAGUGAUCUUGUGUCGAGAAUGAAUGAGACGGCUGUGAAAUUCGCACCGCAAAGCAUUUUUGAAAGGUCCAUGGACUGGGUGAUGAGAUAUAGGGACCCCCUUCGAUGAGAUAUAGGGACCCCCUACAUAGACUAAUGGGGAGAAUUUUUAGGAAAAAACAAAACGAAUUAUAUCUU